GAUUGUUUAUGCCCAAGUGUCGAACUCUUCCUGGUUGCUGUAUCAUUUCGUCGAAUUGAGCAAAUUUGAAGCGCUGCGUUUUAUAUCAUACAGUUGGAAAACAAAACAAACACUCGCGUUGAUAGUGUGAAAAUAACCGUUCCACGAUCUCACCAAAAAUAAUGUGAUAAAAUACAAGAAACUGCAACGUUGGCCGUUUUCAAAGGCAUACUGCUAUCCUGGUUCGCUCGCCGACAAACACGUGCGGUGGAGAAAGGAUAACAGGCACAGAAAACAAUCACCGUCCUGUAUACACACACAUGCAUAGGCACAUUGGGCUUAAACAGCGCCGAAUCCUCCAUCGCGAUCGUGUGUUUCCAGCGCAGAAACAUAAAACAUAUUAACUGAGCUAUGUCGUAGCACCCUUUGAAUCGUUGUUGUUGGAAGAUUCCGGUGUACGACCAUUCCUUGUUGCACAGUGCAUGUUAUGUUGUUUGCAUUGUAAAGUGUUUGUUUCUACUCGCCGGCACUAUAUGAGAUUCAGCGUUGUGCGCACCACAAGGACGCAGAAGACAAGGAGCCGUGAAGAUAGUGAUUCGCCAACAUCCGGCACCCGAUCAGCAGCAACAUCACAGAGAACGCAAAACAUCAAUCAUGGCAAACAGUGAAGCAAUGCCAGAUACCCAAACGGCCACACAAAUGACGCAGGAUACGGCGCUGGAAAGUCAACCGAUCGAACAUCCCAGCUAUGGCCAGCUGCUGGGAAAGCAUGUGAAAACGAAAAGCCUCGGUACUAAAUAUCCUCUGUUCUACGUUUCUCGUGCUCCGUCUACCAUUUACGAGCUGCGCCGCAGUGAGUUUAAGGUCGGUCGAGAUGAGACGUGCGAUCUUAUGCUGGCAGAGAUCAAUCUUCCUGCCUCCAAGUUGUGUCGCGUUUCAAAGGUACACUUCACGAUCAGGAAGGAUCUGAACGACAUCACGAGCCCUACAUACAUACAUGACCAUUCGCGCAACGGAACGUACGUAAAUGGCAAACUCAUAGGCGCAAACAAAUGCAUGAUCCUGAAGCACGACGAUGUAAUCUCAAUCGCCGGUGUCAAUAUCCGUGCGUUCGUGUAUUACGAUCUGCGGCACAACGUUUUAGUGGAUAUCAAAGCGAAAGAGCUGCUCGAUCGGUACCACAUCGGCCGGAAGCUUGGUUCGGGCGCGUGUGGAACGGUUUAUCUGCUGCAUGAUACCGUUUCCUGCCAACCGUACGCCAUGAAGCACGUUGCGAAAGAUCCACUAAAUGAGCGUAGCCGGCCAAAGUUCCUACAUGAUCCGCUGCGGGUAAUGAAUGAGGUUAACAUAAUGAAAAACCUGGACCAUCCCUGCGUGAUCAAAAUGCACGACAUCGUGGAUAAACCCGACUCGGUGUACAUGGUGCUGGAAUACAUGAAGGGUGGUGAUCUGCUCUCGCGCAUUAUCGACAACAAAUAUUUGCCGGAAAAGACGGCCAAACUGUUCUUUCUCCAGAUGUGCCAUGCCGUAAAGUACCUGCACGAGCAAGGAAUAACCCACCGUGACCUGAAACCGGACAACAUCCUGCUCGAGGAUGAGAAUGAGUACACGCUGCUAAAAGUAUCCGACUUUGGCCUGAGCAAGUUUGUACGCAAAAAUUCGGUCAUGCGUACUAUCUGCGGUACACCACUGUACGUAGCACCGGAAGUGCUUCAAACCGGUGGACGUGGUUCGUACACCCGCAAAGUAGAUAUCUGGAGCCUGGGGGUCGUACUAUUCACGAUGCUCAGCGGUACGCUACCCUUUUCCGACGAUUACGGAUCCCCGGCGGUGGAGCAGAUCAAGCGGGCAAACUUUCAGAUGCGUCACACCGUGUGGAAGAAAGUGUCACCGCUAGCGAAGAAGCUGAUCUACGAAAUUUUAAGUGUUAAUCCCAACUCACGCCCGACGAUUGAACAGCUGCUCCGUAGUACCUGGUUGCGCGAUCCGGACGUUGUACGCCGGGCGGAACGGUUGAUGAAGAUACCGUUGACGGCGGCAGAACCGACACCCCAGCGAAACACCGCAUCGGACGUGGAGAACAACAAUACGAGCCCGGUCAGCAGCUUUGCCCCGCCGAGCAAGCGGAAACGGUUAUAGGUAACAGUCUCUUUUUCCUAGCCGGAAAGAGAAGAUCGGUUUUUUAUUUGUUUGUUAAGACCCGUUACGAUCGCAGAACGGCCAGCUUUUCCGAUAGAAAAGUCGUGGUAUGUAUUUGUGAGAAUAUUUUUUUAUUAUUAAUUGGUAUGCUGCCCUUGGCUAUGCAAACUGUCUGUCGAAGGUAUUAAGCAAUCAGGCAGGGUUCUGCAUAUGCUUUCGCGUGUUUCCCUACACAAAACCAAGAAAAACCAAGGAUGAAGGUUGUGACAUCGAGCCAGACUAAUCGGUAAAUGAUCCGUGUUGCAUUUAUUCGGUAUAAUUUACUUACCCACCGCCCGUCCAUACGAUUGCGUACAGCUUUCAUGCAUUUCUUUUAGAGGAAAGAGCAGGAACUAGAACGAAAAAGUUUAAUACUUUAUCUAAAAUACUUAAAGCAAGGGAAACCGCGUCGUUGUUUGAAGAGAUUAAAUUUUAAUGUAUUUUGCGGUAUGCAUCUUUAUAACGUGCGAUAGAUUUGUAUUACACCAUUUAAGUGAA